CCUAAAAAAGUGGCUGGUGAGUGUAAGUUGACAUGCAUCUUUGCUCAUAGAAAAAUGUCAUAUUUUGCAUGUUUAGUUUACUGAUCUGUGGUUCCAAGUGUUUUUGGCUUUUGGCGCCUUCACUCACGUCUCUUUGCAACACUUCGUGGACUGAUAUCUGAGUCAUGAAUUAGUAAGAACAAUGAAGUCCUGAAGUAGUAAAAUGAGCCCGGAUUAUUUUUUACAGCUCUGUUAUUCUUUUACGUACCUUUCUAACUGCACCGAUGUGCACCAGUGUAACCGAAUUUAAAUAUUUGUGAUAUGUGUUAAAUAAAUAAAGAGGUUGAAGAGCCCAGAUACAUUUCGGUUAAUUACAGGACCUGUAAAAAAACAAACCCUCUUUUUAAAAUUUCACUCUUUUCUCAGUUAGUUCUCUUCAGAUUACUCUUAAUAUCACUUGAAUAUUAAAACGAGUCCUUUAAUUGAACUGCUCAGUCUUCUGAAAUGCACUAAAAGGAUGAAUGAAUGAACUUCAGUUCAUGUAUUUUUUCUGUACGGUGAUUUUUCUUUUUUGUAUAACUACAAUAACAGCUAUUACAUCAGCUACGAUUAAUUUAGGGAUUAUUGUUGAAGCACUAAAUCCAUAGUAAAACACAACAGUGAUUGCCAAAGCUUUUCAUUUUUCCCUACACAGCUUUACUGUUCACAUGACAUCUUGUUUCCUGCUCUAAAUGUGAGACUACAAUACAUUCUGUGCCUUUCCAAGAUUAGAGAAUGAAAUUUGGUUUGUCAGCAGCAGUUGCCGUGUUAUUGGGAUGAGAUGUAGGCUACAUUGUGAAGCCAGCUGAUGGACAGACUUGCUGUCUGGCCUCUUCCUUUCCCUGGAUGAUUCCUAAAGGAGCUUACACUCUAAUAUCCUGAUGGGAAAAGGGUUUGCUUUAAGCUCGCCACGAGGAUACUGUGAAGGUCCGAGGUAAAUCAGAUCAAAAUACUUCUUCGAAAAAAAGACCUGUUUUUGACGCCAGCCGGUCGGGUGCAAAUAUGAAACAUGAAAGCACCUGGCUGUUUUUGUGGAUUUUUUAAAUUUUUUUAUAUUCUGGAGGAGAUUUUAAAUUUUUUUUUCAUGUGAAAUAUUUGGUAAGGCAGACGAAGAACAGUGAAGAUGUGGAUGUGAAGUAGAUUUCGGACUAAAGCUGAAGACUUUCACCCAAUUUCUAGACAUGAUUCCUACUAAGAUGUUAGUGUACAGGGGGCCUGAUGGAGGCACACACUCCCAGAAGGUUUCUAGUACAAGAAGACGGAAAAAAUCCACCGGGGAGCUCUUCCAGAAUGGCUACAGGGUGAGGAUGGGCCACGGCCAGGUGAUUGAUAAAGAGGACCAGGACAGCAUUUGCUACAGCUUCGGUGCAUGCUUCCAUGUGAUCUCCUACUGGGGUUUGAGGUUUUUAAGGGCCUUAAGAUUGAUACAGUUCUCAGAAAUUUUACAGUUUUUGAAUAUACUAAAGACAAGCAACUCGAUUAAGCUGGUGAACCUGUGUUCAAUCUUCAUAAGCACAUGGCUAACUGCAGCAGGGUUCAUUCAUUUGGUGGAAAACUCAGGGGAUCCUUGGGAAAACUUCCAAAAUUCCCAGGCACUUUCCUACUGGGAAUGUGUCUACUUACUCAUGGUUACAAUGUCCACUGUUGGCUAUGGAGACGUGUAUGCAAAAACCACCCUGGGCCGCCUGUUUAUGGUCUUCUUCAUCCUUGGUGGUUUGGCCAUGUUUGCAAGCUACGUCCCUGAAAUCAUAGAGUUAAUAGGAAACCGCAAGAAAUAUGGUGGUUCCUAUAGUGCGGUUAAUGGGAGAAAGCACAUCGUGGUUUGUGGUCACAUAACACUUGAAAGUGUAUCCAACUUUCUAAAAGACUUCCUACACAAGGACAGGGAUGAUGUCAAUGUAGAAAUUGUUUUUCUCCAUAAUAUUUCCCCUAAUCUUGAGCUGGAAGCCUUGUUCAAGCGCCACUUCACCCAGGUAGAGUUUUACCAAGGAUCUGUCCUAAAUCCACACGACCUGGCCAGAGUCAAGAUUGAAUCAGCUGACGCCUGCUUGAUCUUAGCCAACAAAUACUGCGCUGACCCCGAUGCCGAGGAUGCAUCCAACAUCAUGAGAGUAAUAUCUAUCAAGAACUACCACCCAAAGAUCAGGAUAAUCACUCAAAUGUUGCAGUACCACAAUAAGGCCCACCUUUUGAACAUCCCAAGCUGGAACUGGAAGGAGGGAGAUGACGCCAUUUGCCUUGCAGAACUCAAGCUCGGGUUCAUCGCCCAGAGCUGCCUGGCUCAGGGCCUCUCCACCAUGCUGGCCAACCUUUUCUCCAUGAGGUCCUUCAUCAAGAUUGAGGAGGAUACAUGGCAGAAGUAUUACCUUGAAGGAGUAGCCAAUGAAAUGUACACAGAGUACCUGUCCAGUGCCUUUGUGGGUCUGUCCUUCCCAGUAAUUUGCGAACUCUGCUAUGUGAAGCUAAAGCUGCUGCUGAUAGCUAUAGAGUACAAGUCUGAUCAAGGGGAAAGCAGCACCCUGAUAAACCCUGGAAACCACGUGAAAAUGCAGGAGGGGACCUUGGGUUUCUUUAUUGCCAGCGAUGCCAAAGAAGUAAAGAGGGCACUGUUUUAUUGUAAGGCCUGCCACGAUGACAUAACUGAUCCCAAAAGGAUAAAGAAAUGUGGAUGCAAGAAAUUGAUAUAUUCCAAGAAGCCUGCCUACAAGAAAAUGAAACUGGCAUGUUGUUUUGAUUGCGGUCGCUCAGAGCGGGACUGCACUUGCAUGCCGGUUAAUGUGCGUUGUAACAUGGACUCCCCUCAACGGGACAUCCCACUCUCUGCUGUCUCUGUUAAUGAUUGCUCAGCCACUUUACGUGCCUCUAAAAAUAGCUAUAAUGGAUAUAUCAAAUCAAUUCAAGAGGACCAACAAUCAGCACUAUCACCCAAAAAAAAGCAACGUAAUGGAGGCAUGAGGAAUUCUCCAAACUCCUCACCUAAGAUUAUGAGACAUGACCCACUCCUCAUCCUGGGAAACGAGCAGAUUGAGAGCAUGGACGAGAACGUAAAGAAAUAUGACUCCACGGGGAUGUUUCACUGGUGCCCGUCCAAAGACAUUGAGAAGGUCAUCUUGACACGGAGUGAGGCAGCCAUGACUGUUCUGAGCGGUCAUGUGGUCGUGUGCAUAUUUGGAGACGUGAAAUCGGCGCUGAUCGGUGUCCGAAACUUUGUGAUGCCUCUGAGAGCAAGCAACUUUCACUACCAUGAGCUGAAGCAUAUUGUGUUUGUCGGCUCCCUUGAGUAUCUGAAGCGGGAAUGGGAAACUCUGCAUAAUUUCCCCAAAGUCUCCAUUCUGCCUGGCACACCGUUGAGUAGGGCAGAUCUGAGGGCUGUCAACAUCAACCUCUGCGACAUGUGUGUCAUUCUGUCAGCCAAUCAGAACAAUAUUGACGAUGCAUCACUGCAGGACAAAGAAUGCAUCUUGGCGUCACUCAACAUCAAAUCUAUGCAGUUUGAUGACAGCAUCGGGGUCUUGCAGGCUAAUUCUCAAGGCUUCACACCACCAGGAAUGGAUAGAUCAUCUCCUGAGAAUAGUCCAGUCCAUGGACUGGUGAGGCAGACCUCUGUCACCACUGGAGCAAAUAUCCCCAUCAUAACAGAACUAGCGCCAUUAGCAAAGCCAGGCAAAAAACUGCCUGUGAUUUCAUUCAGUCAGGAUAAAAGCAGUGGGACCAGCAUACAAAUGAUAACUGAGCUGGUGAAUGACUCGAAUGUUCAGUUCCUGGAUCAAGAUGAUGACGACGACCCAGACACAGAGUUGUACCUCACACAGCCUUUUGCCUGUGGGACAGCAUUUGCAGUCAGUGUGCUGGAUUCCUUAAUGAGUGCGACAUACUUCAAUGAUAAUAUCCUCACCUUGAUCCGGACGCUGGUAACGGGCGGGGCGACACCGGAGCUGGAGGGGCUGCUGGCAGAGGAGAAUGCAUUAAGAGGUGGCUACAGCACACCACAGACCCUGGCAAACAGGGACAGGUGUCGCGUGGCACAGCUGGCCUUGUACGAUGGGCCCUUUGCCGACCUCGGGGAUGGUGGUUGUUAUGGUGACCUGUUUUGUAAAGCCCUAAAAACUUAUAACAUGUUGUGUUUUGGCAUCUAUCGGCUACGAGACGCACAUCUAAACACACAGAGCCAGUGUACCAAACGAUAUGUCAUAACCAAUCCACCGUAUGCAUUUGAGCUGGUGCCCUCAGACCUGAUAUUCUGCCUGAUGCAGUUUGACCACAACGCUGGCCAGUCUCGAACCAGCCUCUCCCAUUCUUCCCAUUCAUCCCAUUCUUCAAGCAAAAAGAGUUCCUCCGUCCACUCUAUCCCCACCACCAACCGCACCAACCGAGCCAAAAGCAGGGACUCGCGAGACAAACAAAAAAAAGACAUGGUUUACAGAUGAGCAACAGAAUACCCACCAGAGGACCAUAAAGCUCAAGCCUGUGAAUACUCUCGCCGUCAAUCACAUCAGUCGAUAUACUGUACAUCCGCAAGCAGCUUGAUUCCACCCAUCAGAGAAGCAGAGCACACGCGCUGAGUUCUGGACGCG